UAAUGAAUUGAUGCUGGAGGCAAAAUGGAUGAUUGUGUUGAAAAAAUAUUUAAAGGGGCAGAGUAAUAGAUUAGUAAAAAUAAAUUCAACUUAAAAGUUUCAAUAAUUCUGUCUGCAUUAAUCUCAAGUACGAGGGCGUGAAUGAAGAAGUUGAACGAAUUUAGCUAGCACAUCAAGCUACACUAAAAAGAGAGGGCUCACAAUAGAAUUCCAGAUGAAGCCCCUCGUCUCCUCCCUGACACACGUUACUACUGCUACUCUGGUGCAGCUGUGAGGAGUUGGGAGUCUUGGGACCAGGAUCCUGUUCUUCACUGUCUUGAUAGAUGACAGCGUUCUUGCAUCCUGUACAGGAAGCAUGUUUUCACCCGUCCUGUACCAAACGGUGAUUUCGAGACGCCCCCAGCAAACGGGUUCCCGAGCGUGGCCGUGGUAGAAAGAGCCACCACUAUCCCGAGCUGGAAAUCGAAGGGCACGGUGGAGCUCGUAGAAGCGGGGGAAAAACAGGGCGGGAUGAUACUCAUCAUACCAGAAGGUAGACACGCGGUGCGGCUCGGUAACGACGCCGAGAUCAGCCAGGGGCUGAGCGUGGAGAAGGGAUCCAUUUAUUCGGUCACCUUCAGCGCCGCCCGCACCUGCGCGCAAUUGGAGUCGCUGAACGUGUCAGUGCCGCCGGCAUCGCAGACGAUAGACUUGCAGACACUGUACAACGUGCAGGGGUGGGACCCGUACGCCUACGCGUUCGAGGCGGAUGAGGAAGAGGUGAGUUUGGUUUUUAGAAAUCCGGGCAUGGAGGAUGAUCCCACUUGUGGGCCCAUCAUUGACGAUAUUGCUAUCAAAAAGCUUUUCACUCCCGAUAGACCUAAAGAAAAUGCAGUUAUAAAUGGCGAUUUUGAAGAAGGUCCAUGGCUGUUUAGAAACACCUCACUCGGUGUCUUACUCCCCACCAACCUUGAUGAAGAAAUAUCCUCGUUACCAGGUUGGAAUGUGGAAUCUAACAGAGCCAUUCGCUACAUAGACUCCGACCACUACACAGUUCCCCAAGGCAAAAGGGCAGUUGAGUUGCUUUCAGGUAAGGAAGGCAUAAUUUCUCAAAUGGUGGAAACAACACCAAACAAACCGUACACCUUGACCUUUUCCUUGGGCCAAGCUGGGGACAAAUGCAAGCAGCCACUUGCUGUCAUGGCCUUUGCUGGAGACCAGGCUCAAAACACCCAUUACACGCCUAAUUCCAACUCUUCCUUUCAGAGUGCUAAUCUCAACUUCACAGCCAAGGCUGAGAGGACCAGAAUUGCAUUCUACAGUGUCUAUUACAACACGAGAAGCGACGACAUGAGCUCGCUAUGCGGUCCGGUGGUGGAUGAUGUGAGAGUGUGGCUUUCUGGGUGUAGUAGAAAUGUGUUUGAGGGAUUGAUGAGUUUGGGGCUUGGCUUUGCUUUUUGGAUGUCGGUUUUCGUUAUGGUGUAGGGUUUGUGUAAUGCAGCAGGUUAUGUGUUACCUAAUGUGUAUGCUUUUGUAAGUUUGGCAUGUUUCUAUGUGUGGCUUCAGAAUUUUGCCAUAAAUGGGAAAUGAGUCGCAUAUUGUAUUUCA